AUGGGGCGAAGGCUGACAACUUCCAUAGACAGGUUGUUCCCGGAUGUUUCUAGGAAAGUGGUCCAAACACAGUUACAACAGAAGAAUUACCAUGACCAGCAUAUUACAUACCGUCCAUUUCAGGUGCAAGACAGACUAUUUAUCAGGAACUAUGCAAAUGGGCCAAUUUGGGUACCCGGGGUGAUAUUAGCCAUCUCGGGUCCCCCACUGUCUUAUCAGUGUCAAUUAGUCGAUGGACGUCGAGUACGCCGACAUCAAGAUCAGUUGCGGAAGAGGGAAGUAGAGGUAACACCUCCAGUAGUUAGGGAAGGACUGCGUUGUGGUGAAGGACUACCAGAGAUGGUGGACAGUUUUCAGAAGGCACCAGAUCCUGUGGUUGCUGGUGGUCCUUUUGACCUAACACUAGAGGAUUCUCUACUUACACCAGAAGAGCCAGUGAUCCGGGCACCGAUGUCAAGUCCACCUACAGCAAGUGAAAGGGAACUGUCACCUGAGCCAAUGUCAACGCCGGAAUCGGAAGCACUAAGACAAUCGACAAGGAUUCGGAAGGAAUCGAACCGUUUAGACUUGUGA